CAGAUGUUUACCAACUGUCCUGGUGCUUUGGUUUUCUAUACCACGAGACUAAUUUUGGAUUACCCUGCCUCCCUCAUGUUCCUCGGUGUGCACUCCGCUGGCUACUUGAGGUGGCUUUGUCAGGCCAUUCCGGUAAGCAGGUUUCUCCCGAAAGGGGUUUGCGCAGAAAGCUUUGAGCGAAGACAGCACCUUCGGGAGAAGGUGACGUCUGAGCACGGUUGCUGGCUUGUGUUUGGCAGCACGGUAGCUAGGCAACGCAAAUCUCUCACCCACCGGUAGUUAGCAGACAAUAAGUGCCAACAAGAUAACCAUUAAUAAGACCAUAGGCAGUGUCCUCAAACAGCAUCCUUACAGUAGUCCCCAUGCAGGGCACUCCGAUGCAAGGUGCUCAGAGAAAUGUGAUCCCGAGACCCUGGAGAAUGCGCCUCAAUGUCAACACAUCAAGAUGCGAGCCCCUGAGCCACCCAAUCGUCCAUGAGACUAUGGAUACGAGGAACACAGCUUAGGAGCCGAGGUGAAACGCCGGCGGGGCAAUCGCAAAGCCCGAAUGUGAAUGGAGAGAGCGAGGGAGGGAGGGGCCGGCAGAGCCUGGCCGACAAGAACACCGUGUCUUAAAUAAAACGCUCUGAUCAUUUGUUGAGUGAGCAGGGCGUUUGUUUUCCAGACACCCGCCGCAGCAGAUAUAUAACUUCAAGAUGCGCAACUAUUUUAGUUCGCUUGUUGCCCAGACCCCUCAAAGGUGAUAAAGGAACGCCAAGCAGCACAUGGAUGUUGAUUUCGUUGUCAGCCCGAGGGGCCGGGGGCCUGUUGCCGCUCGGGCCUGUCGUUAAUGCCCGUUGGUCCUGUUGGACCCGUCAACUGGUUGGCCCCAGUAAGGACAAGGUUCUUACUUGCGCACCUUUGCAACGUGAAGAAGGUCUUUGAAGACUUUACUGUGAUGUUUGAAUCAUGUUUCCUGUUGCUUUCGUUUCGGCUUCCCGCCCCUACUUACUUUGAGCGCACGGUUGCUGUGUAUAUUUAAGGCGGCGCAAGACUUGUGUCCGUUUUCUUCUCGCUGCCAGGCUGGACACCUCCAAACGCGCAGAACUCCGCUACUUGUCGGCGCUGGCAGCUGGACGGCUGCUCGUGCAGGCAGCGGAGUUGGAGGAGGACUCCACCAACACGUUGAUCUUGUCCGAAGCGUUGCAGCACUUUGCAGAGGCGCAGAGAUGUGUUGAGCAAUGGGGCCAUCCCGACUUGGGUUCUGCUUGGGGUGAUUGGGGCAAAGCUCAAGCCUUGCAGAUGAAGAGGGUGAUGGCCAACUGCAAGCUGGAUGGAGCAGUUCAAUGGAAAGAAAUGCUUGAGACAUCGUCGAAGCUUUGUGAAGAGGCAGCGGACAAGUUUGAAAAAGCUCGAGCCGCAGUAGACGACGAAGGUUUUGAGGAAGAUGAUGGAAAUGAGGAAGGAGAUGAUUUGGAUUGGAUGGUGCUACAUAUUGAGCACUUGCUUCAGUUUGUUGACUUUGCGAUCACUGCGCUGGACAAAUCCAAAGCCAUGGAAAUCAGCAUCGAAUGGCUGCGGCGUGCUAUUAUCGCCUGGCGUUCAUGCUUCUCCUUGACCCUGGCAGUCAGAUACCUCUCGCAAAGCAACCGCUUCAAUGCUUUGCAAGGCGAUGCUUAUGCAGCUGGCUGCCGCCUGUUGGGAAGUCCAUUCGAGCUGCUCACUGCCCUCAGCCACUCAACUUCGGAAGGAUCAACAACCCAGCUGCUGGGCUCCAAAGGUUUGCUCCUCCCUCCACCCCCGGGCAGUGGCUCGGGGGAGAUUGUCGAGCACUUGCCAUCAGAGGCCACUGAAGAGGAGCUGGCCACUUUGGCAGAGGCCGCCUACAUCGCUGCUGGAGCGGAGGGGCUGUUGCCAAUGGGGGAGCUGCAGAUGCACUUGGCUCGUCGCAUGCAGUCUACAAGCAGGGACCCAAUGGCUCACCUGAAAAAGGCCACUGAAGUGUUUCAGGCAUUGAGCAACAAUGGUCCGGACGACAAAGCCAUUGCCUGGUACAACAUGGCCUGCGUCGCUGCUAUGGCUAAUAGGCCCGACUAUGCGGCCAAGGCUUUGAGGACAUGUUUGCAUGCUGUGGAGCCAUCGCAAAGAAGAAAGUGGAUCGAAGAAGUUCGGGAAGAUGGGGAUUUGCAACCUCUUCUCAAUCUUCCCGAAAUACAAGCCGCAUUGGAACUCGAAACCGGUGGUUAUCGAUAAUAUAUUAAUGUAUAACUAAACAUAUAUAUAUAUAUUUGUAUAAAGCAUUUGGAACCGUAUACCGG